CGGAUGACACUUGGCGGAGAGUGGCGGAGACACUCAUUCUCCCAACCCCGUACAUGCAUAAGUUAGGCUGACAGCGCUGGCCCUGUCCCAGACUGAGCAGGCAGCCACAGAAGAGGACAGGAGCGACCGUAACUCGGAUAGUUAAUGGAACAGUGCGCAAAUGCAAGUCAGCCAUCGGUGGAGUUGCGUAGAUAGUCUGAGCAUGCCGCUCCGCCACGCGCUGUCUUCAUUUUAGCUCUACAAAAAAACAAAAAACAAAAAUGUUUUUUGGAGAAUUUUGGGUUAUGCUGUAUUGGAAGAGAAUGGAUUAACGCUGAUCGUUCAACUGCAACGUGGUAAUUCUGCAAAAGAAGGUUCUUUGGUGUUUUUCGCCUGCUGGGAGAUAAUUGGCGUGUGAGUGAUUUGGGGAGGUUAUGUGUACGAGUGCCAUCAUCCUCUAACGUAGUCCUUCUGCCGCACUCGAGAACUGCUAACCACCUGUCGCAAAUGUUUCCGAAAACUUCCCACGGAUAUAACGUACUUGAACACGCACCCUGCUGGACGUGCUGAAGGAAGCGGGAUUCGCCAUGUGUGGACUGCUAACGCACAUUUUGCAGGUGUCUCGCAACCCAUUUGAUCUGCCGAAGGAGUCCUUCUACUGCUUUCAGAUUUCUAAUCCCCAGAGGAUUAUGCGGUCACGGUGGCAACAGAUAAAAUGAGGAGUCUUGCCGAACAGUUGUUGCGCUCAGAAUGGCCCGGGAGGAUUCGGUAAAGUGCCUGCGCUGUCUGCUCUACGCUCUCAAUUUACUCUUCUGGCUCAUGGCACUGUGUGUUCUGGGAGUGGCCGCCUGGCUUAGGGAUUACCUGAACAAUGUGCUCACCUUAACAGCGGACACCAGGCUGGAAGAAGCAGCAAUCCUCACAUACUCCCCUGUUGUCCAUCCUGUUGUCAUCGCAGUGUGCUGUUUCCUAAUCAUCGUGGCUAUGGUGGGCUACUGCGGCACACUGAAAUGCAAUCUGCUUCUCCUGUCCUGGUAUUUUGGCAGUCUUCUGGUGAUUUUCUGUGUGGAACUUGCCAGUGGAGUGUGGACGUAUGAAGAGCCAUCGGUGCAGAGGUCUGACAUGAUCAGUCUGAAGUCUCGUAUGCCAAACUAUGGCCUCCAGCGCUACCAGUGGCUAACCCACGCCUGGAACUCCUUCCAGACCGAGUUCAAAUGCUGCGGGGUGAUCUACUUCACGGAUUGGCUGGAGAUGACAGAGAUGGAGUGGCCGCCGGACUCCUGCUGCUCCAAUCAGUACCCAGGCUGUGCUCGCCACGCCCAUUACGGGGACUUGAUCGACCUGUACCAGGAGGGCUGUGGUCCUAAAAUCUACAGUUUUAUUCGGGGCACGAAGCAGUUGCAGGUGCUGAGGUUCCUGGGAGUGUCUAUCGGAGUGACCCAGAUCCUGGCCAUGACCCUGACCCUCACCUUGCUCUGGGCCCUCUACUAUGACCGCAAGCCCCCCGACCCGGCUCCGCCAGACCCCACCACGCACACACACAUCCAGUGCUCUGCUGAGGAGGCGCAGAAGCCCAUGCCCGCGCACCCAUGCCCGCCCGAGGCCUGGCCCUGCACGCCCCUCAGUGGGCAUGUCCGGUUCGAGAUGGAGCAGCUCUCUUAGCGAUCACCCUAGUAACCAAGCUCCGUGGCACCAGCUGGCCCGCUCGGAGCUGCCAUGCAGCAGUCGGUGGGGUUUUAGGGGCGACGUCGGACCACCCGCUGGUCCCCGGGCACCUGCUGGAUCUCCCCUGCCGCUGAAGGGACACGUCACUUCUGGUGUGGCUCCAUGCAGAUGGACUUGAGACACCAGCGUUUGGGAGGCUACAGGUUGCUUCACAGGACCCUGUUUGUGGAGCUGGCAGGCAUGAGCUGAGCUCCUCCUAGUGCCCCUGCACUGGCAAUCACAUGCCAGGUCUGGAAGUAGAGUGUGAGCUAGAUAGCUACUCUGUUCAUCAAGCCACACUCACUGACUCCCUGGAAACUGCUAAACUAGAGGUGUUUCAAGAAGACGCUGAAGGAAACUAUGCAAUGACAUUCUUACUGACAUUUUAAACUCAAAAGGCACACACACACACACGUAUUUGAGUCUUAAAACAGAUUUUUACAUGUAAUCUAAGUAAACUUCAGAGUUUUAAUUUUGGGAUGCUUUUCUACUUUUUUUUUUUUUUUCUUAAUUCACUAGCACUGAUAUAUAAUUAUAGUAUGCUUUUUCGCUCUACGGGGUACAGGGGUUGGCUAUAAAAGGCUUCUUAUUUAAAGCAGUAAUACAUGCUUAGGACUGGAGAUUUAAAAGAAGUACAUAUGAUGUAAACUUGUGUGUGGAUUACAGCGCAUUCGACAAUCAGAAGUUGUAUCGCUUAAUGUGUGUUUGUUGAAACUGCUCUAGAAAUGUAGCCUGCAGUGUGCUGCUAAUGGCCGAACCCCUAGAGGAGUUCCAGAAGGAAAUUUAGAAAACAGACAGACGUAAGAAAAUGUCUGCGGAAUUCCCAGCAUGCCUCAGUGUUUUCUGUUGUUCCUGCCUCGCAGCCAUGGGUGUGUUUUAUCUGACGAGCUGAGUCUCGCUUAAUAUUAACAUUUCUUGGGUUGAGCCUUUUAGUGUAUUGUCAGUUCGUACCACCACAUAUGGGUAUGGCAACCAGUGUCAGGCGUCAGGCUGUUAGCCCACUCACUCCUCAUGAACAGCAGUAGCUUGACGAGCAACAGGCAACAUCCCUAGAUUCCAAACUUUCCAAACAUGUUGUAAAGCCUGGUUUAAUAGUCUAGCAAGGGCGAUGAAUUUCUGCAGAGGACUCUGUUUAUAUAUGUUGGAUUCCGAAAGUGUCAUGCUUCCAUGCUAUUGGACGGGAGCAGUGGAGGACUCUUUGGGUCCCUCUUUUGGGGACGCCACUCCCGAAAUAAAACAAUGACUAAAGCA